GUCGCUGUUUGGGACGCUGGGUGCGCGGAAGCUUGGUCUCUGCUCUGGCUUCGCAGUCAAAGCCUGUUCCCUCCCUGGAGCUCGGGACAGGCUGGGCACGCGCCCCUGUGUGUGUGUGUGUAUGUGUGUGUGUGUGUGUGAGAGGACUCAGGGCAGAGGCAUCUUCUCGCUGCCUUUUUUUCUUCCUUUUAUCCAAAGAAGGGGCAGUUCUCACGCUUGCCUUCCUGUCGCCUGGUUGGGAGCGGGGUCGGGGUGCGGAGUGGUUCGUGUUUUUUUCUUUUAAACUUGUCAGCGCUUUUUUCCCCCAGUUUUUUUCGGCUCAGUGUCUUCUGAGCUGGUUUCCUCCGUCCCUGACUAACCUCUUUCUGCCCCUUCUCUUGCCAUCCUCGCCCAAGGUCGCCCCUCCGCCCUCGCACCUGGCCCAGGGGGGUGGUGGGAAGCUUUGUCCGGCUCCCUGCCCACUCGAGUCUCCGCAUCGUAGCCGCACCUGCCUCAUUAUGAACGGGGUCAACGACCCCCCUCUUUUUAUAAAAGAUAUUAAGCCCGGACUGAAAAACUUAAAUGUCGUCUUUAUUGUCUUGGAGAUAGGACGCGUGACCAAAACCAAAGACGGCCAUGAAGUGAGAUCAUGCAAAGUAGCAGAUAAAACGGGCAGCAUCACUAUUUCCGUGUGGGAUGAAAUCGGAGGUCUCAUUCAGCCGGGGGAUAUUAUUCGGUUGACCAGAGGGUAUGCAUCCAUGUGGAAAGGAUGUCUGACACUUUAUACUGGAAGGGGUGGAGAACUUCAAAAAAUUGGGGAAUUUUGUAUGGUUUAUUCAGAAGUGCCAAAUUUCAGUGAACCUAACCCAGAUUAUCGAGGACAACAAAACAAAGGGGCACAUAGUGAACAGAAGAAUAAUUCUGUGAAUAGUAAUAUGGGUACAGGUACAUUUGGACCAGUGGGAAACGGGGUUCAGUCUGGCUCAGAAGCAAGGGGAUGCCAGUUUUCAUAUGCUGGUAGAAGCAAUGGCCGGGGACCUAUAAAUCCACAACUACCAGGAGCAGCUAAUAAUCAGACAGUCAUGACCACAAUAAGUAAUGGCAGGGACCCUAGAAGAGCCUUUAAAAGAUGACCUAUGCCAAAUAUUCACAUGUAGUUUUUAAACUACGUGCCCUACUUGAACACUUACUGCACUUUUAUUUAUCGUUAACUGUGAAAACUGUCCUUUAUUGGUUUCCUUGUACAUUUUUGGUUUGUUAACAGGAGUGGUUUGUUUUUUAUAGCAAAACUAUUAAGCUGCUCAAGUCUCCUAUUGAAGAAUGGGAACACUCUGAAGAAUAGGGGCAUUUAUUUUUAGAGCAAAAAGAUCUUUGGAUAACCUCUAAAAGACUUGCACCCAUUUCAUGGGUGAAUUACUUAAGACAUCAGCAUUUUAGCCUCUAUGAGUCUGUCGUCUGUAUAAAUUUUGUAAUAUUUAAAAUAAGGCUUAGUGGGAGAUGCUCUUUUGUCUUAAAUUCAGAUAAUUGCCAACUAAGCAAUAACCACCAAAAAAAACAAACACUUGGUCAAUGCUAACAGCAGUUUUUGAGUGUUUGUGACUCCAGGAAUGAUUGAAUUAUUCAUUGAGUGACUGCCAUUAAGAUUUUUGAAGAACUAAAUCAUCCUAAACUCUUGUUUUAUUACCAAAAAAUAUAUUCUUUACCAGAAUUAA